AUGCAAUCUACUGCUCAGGACCAUGCGGACCAGGUGCUCCAUGACCAGCUGCUUGCUGCUCAGCACCACCUCCCUGGUCCUCGUCACCCGGGUGGUCCCAGCCCACAGCAGCACAUGGCACCUAGCACUGCCAGCCCUCGCGACCAAGCUAACAUUGAUCCCGCCAUCUCUGGUGCGGCCAUGAUGGGUGCGGCUCCCCCGCAAACCCCCACCCAACCCCAGCAGGGUUCGCCUGAGAGUGACAGCCCCAAGACUUACGGCAAGCGUGAACUCUCCACCUCCAAGCGUGCUGCCCAGAACCGCGCUGCCCAACGUGCAUUCCGCCAGCGCAAGGAGACUUAUAUCCGUAAGCUGGAGGAUGAGGUCAAGAAUGUUGAUGGCUACAAAGAACACUUGGCCAAGCUCAACAAUGAGGUCUUUGCUCUUCGCGAAUACAUCAUCAGCCUUCAGUCUCGUCUUAUGGAGGCGCAGGUUGAGGUCCCUGAACAGCCCGCCAACAUUGAUCUGAACCAGAACCCCCGCCAUGAUCUUGGUCUCGGUCUUCCCGGUGGCAGCAACGUCGCCACCUCUGGUGCCCAGCAGGCUCAGCACCCCGGCUCUGUCAAUGACGACAUGAACUCGCUAAACCGCAUUGCCGUCGCCGGUCUGGGUAUGCGUAAGCACCCCGAAGAAGCUAACUUCAUGGCAAACAACUUCCAACAUAACAAACGCCCCCGCGUCGAUGAGAACACUACCGACCCCGACCUUGUCACCAAGCAAGAAGGCCAGCACCAGCAUGGCCUCCCCUUGGCUUAA